UUGUCCUUGCGCGCCGCAGAAGGAAGCAGCAGCCAAGAACGAAUCAAAAGAUUGGAUUUUAGUUUUUUGUCGCGAAUCAAAAUUUUGUUUUAUGUUGUUCUAAUCAAAAUUUAAUUUUGUUUUAUCCGAAAGAUUUGGGAAUGCUUGCAUGGGAGCCUCGCAGUAUAAUGCCCAGCGCGGUCAUUUGGUUUUUCAAUCUCUGCUUCCACGCUCUCUAUGAUUUGAUAGCUUUUGAUGCGAUUCUAAACUGAAAAGAUCGCGUCUUUGGGGGAAGAAUCUGUAGUGUAUUUAUUCCAUUGCGUUGAAGUAUUUGGGAACUUGAGGGAAAUCUUGGAAAAGUGACCAUAAAGAAGGGCCAAGUUUUGUUGCGAGUGAUUGAGACAGGACUGAAUAUCUUUUUUGCAAUUACUGUUGGCUGAUCAACCCCACAAUCUGGUUACUGUGUGGUUUAAUUUAUGACAGGGGGGAUAAUAGUGGAAAGUAUGAUUGCAUCCACUUGUCUUCACUGGCCUACGAUGUCAUUGUUACAGGAAUAGGCUCGUGCUGCCCCUUCUUCUUCUUCUUCUUCUUCUUCUUCUCUUCAGUUAUUUUCGAAGUUUGAUAUAAGCGAAGGGUUUGACUGACUGGAUAGUUGGUGAGCUAUGAGGGGCUAAGCGGUGAGUACGAAUUUGAAGCUGAAGAUGGGGAAGAAGCAUGAUGAUCUGGUUCAUAGAAAGAUUAUUGUGGUUGCAGUUAAAGCUUCUCAAGAUGUCAAGACGACUGCAUUGGUGUGGGCUCUGACACAUGUUGUUCAGCCCAGUGAUCAAAUACUUUUUGUUGUUGUUGUUGUUUCAUCACGCAGUGCAGGCAGAAAAAAUUGGGGGUUUCCCAGAUUUUCAGGAAAUUGUGCAAAUGCCUAUAGGAAUUCAAAGACUUCUGGCAGAACUUCCAACUUGGAGUCUAAUAUACAGGAUUCAUGUUCCCAAAUGAUUACUCAACUUCCUAAAAUAUACAAUUUGGAUAAGACAAAUUUUAAGCUUAAGAUUGUACCUGGAUCUCCUUGUGGAGCGGUGGCUGCUGAAUCCAAGAGGGUGCAAGCAAGCUGGGUAGUAAUGGACAAACAACUGAAGAAUGAGGAGAAGAAAUGCAUGGAAGAGCUGCAAUGCAAUAUUGUGGUUAUGAAGCACUCUCAACCGAAAAUUCUGCGACUGAAUCUUGCAGGGAAACCUGAUACAGAGCCCAUAGCUAUCUCACCGCAUUCUGUGUUAGAUAAAGCAUCUUCAAAACUUGCUGUUGAUCAUCCAAGCAGUACCGAAGAUUCAAUUUUGACUCAUUCUGACAGCCCUUUAGUUGGGACACCAUAUGCUACUGUUGAAGGUGGAAGCACCUCUCAGUCAAGUUCAGAUCCUGGAACUUCGCCACUUCAUGCAUCUAAAUUAAAAGGCAGUUCUGUUCAAGAAGCAACAAUUAUCCAAAAGGAAACCGUUUAUACUGAUUUAAGUAGUUCUGAGUCUGACAUUGAAAGCUCAGGUUCUCUUGCAACUUCAAAAUUUCAACCAUCAGGGGCACAGAUUCUCAGUGUUGAUCUGAAACCAACUUUUCAAGUUGAGCAACUCUCAGAAAAACUGAAUAAACUGGUGCAUCCUUUGACUCACAAAGCAUUGAUGUAUAAGUUUCUUGAUCUUGAUUUAAAAGCUGGAAGCAGCACUAUGAACCAUAAAUCAGUUCCAGACUCCAAUAGGAAUAUCAGAGAAUCAAUUAUGACCCUAUUAAGAAAUGCACCUCUGGGACAUCCUCCUCUAUGUUCAAUUUGUAAGAACAAGGCACCUGUUUUUGGGAAACCUCCCAAAUCUUUUAGCUAUGCUGAGCUGAGCCUUGCAACUGAUGGAUUUUCUCAAUCCAACUUUUUGGCUGAGGGUGGAUUUGGCUCUGUUCAUAGAGGAAUUUUGCCUGAUGGUCAGGUAGUUGCCAUUAAGCAGCACAAACUAGCCAGUUCUCAAGGAGAUGAUGAGUUCUGCUCCGAAGUUGAAGUUCUAAGCUGUGCACAACAUCGCAAUGUCGUGAUGCUGAUUGGCUUCUGUGUUGAGGAUAAUAGAAGAUUGCUUGUUUAUGAAUUUAUAUGCAAUGGAUCUCUGGAUUCUCAUCUGUAUGGUAAUUUUUAUUCAAGUCAAAGACCAUUGGACUGGUGUGCUAGACAAAAAAUUGCAGUAGGUGCUGCUAGAGGACUGAGAUACCUUCAUGAAGAGUGUAGAGUUGGUUGCAUAAUCCACAGAGAUGUGAGACCAAACAACAUUCUCAUCACCCAUGAUUUUGAUGCACUGGUUGGAGAUUUUGGCUUGGCAAGGUGGCAACCUGAUGGGAACCUUGCUGUCAAAACACGAGUGAUUGGAACCUUUGGGUAUUUGGCACCAGAAUAUGCUCAGAGUGGCCAAGUUACUGAGAAAGCAGAUGUAUAUUCCUUUGGAAUAGUACUCCUUGAACUUGUAACUGGAAGGAGAGCAGUAGAUAUUAACCGGCCAAAGGGCCAACAGUGCCUGGCCGAAUGGGCUCGCCCAAUUUUGAAGGAAUAUGCUAUUCAAGAUCUUUUAGACCCACGGCUAAGAAACAUUUACUGUAAUCAUGAGGUUUUUUGCAUGUUGCAUGCUGCUUCACUUUGCAUCAAUCGUGAACCCAAUUCCAGGCCUCAUAUUUCUCAGGUGCUCAGGAUACUGGAGGGUGAUAUUUUCAUGGAACAAACUUACGCUUCAACGCCCCUUGCUAUAAAGAUUAAAGGAUUGGGCAGUCAUAAACAGAUCAACAACAGCAAUGGCUUCACUGCAACAAUGUUAUCCAACUUGGGAUGAAAAUGUGAGAGCAGUUUUUUGUUGGGAGGGGUAAUGGCAAUAAAUUCUAGAUCCAGAGAUGCUUUUCAUCUCCUUUCCCUGCAGCAGCUGCUUAUGAUGUAAUUUAGGCUUCGUUUGGGAUGACUUUCGUACUGUUUCUUAAAGCGGUUUUUUAAUACAAAAAAUUUAAUUUUUGUAUUAGAAAGAAGCUUUAAGAAGCAGUUAAAAAAUGGUCUCAAAUGGAGCCUUAGAUGGAUCUGCAAUUGUUUUCUGAUACUGAAAUGAUCUGUUCCUUUUUAAUUGCUUUGAAAUCAUAGCUCAAUUAACAGCACAUUAUAUUGAUAUUGUGCGCAUGGAGAGAAUCUGAAGCCAAUUAUAGUAAUGAUCUUUGGAGUUCUUUGAUUCUGUAAGACGUAAUUAUACUCUCAGCUGAUAUUAGAUGUUAAGUUACAGGGGAA